UGGCUACGGAUUUGAUCCUCAACUCUUUAACAAAGAAAUUUGAGAGCUUUGUUAUGAAUUACAACAUGAAUGGAUGGGACAAGAGCAUUGGUGAGCUUCAUGCAAUGCUCAAAACGGCCGAAGCAAGUAUGGGCAAAAAGGCUUUACCCGUCCUUGCGAUCAAUGAAGGAGGAAAUAAGAAAAGGCCCCACCCCGACUCUAAAGCAACCUAUGCUAAAAGAAAGGGACACGUCAAGGGAAAGGGAAAAGGAAAAGCUAAAGCAGAACCCGCCAAACCAAAAGAAAAGAAGCAAAAGGUUGCUACGAAUGACCCAUGUUUUGAAUGUGGUGAGAUAGGACAUUGGAAGAGAAAUUGUCCGACUAAUCUCAAAGAGUUGAAAAACAAGAGGGAUGCAGGGCAAACCUCAGGGGUUCAAAAGAAAUAAACAUUACAAGAAGGGGGACACUAGUCUCUUUAUGGGCAACGGAGCAAAAGUUGAAGUCGAGGCUCAAGG